AUUAAGGUGAUAAUAACUUGUGCAUAAAGUACCUUCACUAAUUAAACAGAGCCUCAAAAGACAUGAUGUUCCCUUCCCAUCAACGGCGUUUGUAACACAGGAAAAAAAGCAGAAAGCAUCAGAUAAAAGCAGACAACUAGCUCCAGGUCAACCACAAAGGCUCAGAGAGAAAGAACUAGCAGGACAAUGAUGGCAAUAGGGGCAAUUUUGUUUGCUUUGCUGCUCGCUCUGCUGUUUGUGUCCUUCCUGAAGCAACUCUGGUCCCGAAGACAUUUGCCGCCUGGUCAUUUGGCUCUACCUCUCAUUGGGACCACAUGGAUAGAUGGGGUUUGGCUUCGUAAAGAUUAUUUCCAGAAGCCUGAAAAACGAUAUGGAAAUAUAUGCUCCAUAUGGGUUGGAUCUCACCUUCUAGUAGUGCUGUCUGGAUUCAAAACUGUAAAAGAAGCAAUGACCAGCUUCCCAGAAGAAUUCUCGCCUCGCAUGGAAGAUGCAUUCUUGACUGCUAUAGGGAAAGGAAAGGGAAUUCUUCUUUCCAAUGGCCACACCUGGAAAGAGCAGCGACACUUCAUCAUCACUACUCUGAGGAAGCUGGGCCUGGGGAAGAAAAGCUUUGAGCAUCAAUUAGAAGACCGAGCUCAAGCGCUGGUGGAGAUGUUUAGACAAACAAAAGGAGAGCCGUUUGAUCCUUCAUUUCCAGUCCUAAAUGCAAUUUCUAACGUCAUAUUUGCUUUGAGUUUUGGAGGCCAGCUUGCUCCUGAAGAUGAAAACUUUAAGAAGUUAGUGCAAGCCAUACACGUCAUUGUGGAUGUCACUGGUGACACUUAUCAUCUGUUGUACAGUUUGGUGCCACAAAUACUGAAGUACCUCCCAGGUCCUCACCAGAAGGCCUUGGCUGCCAUAGAAACAAUUAUUUCCUUUGUAGAGCAAGAAAUAGAGAAACACAAGGAAACCAGCUCCAGUCAUGAGCCACAGGAUUUCAUUGAUCACUAUCUUCUUCAGAUAGAGAAGAGCAAGAACGAUCCCAACUCUACCUAUGAGGAAGAGAACCUGGCUCACUGUAUUUUAGAUUUUUUUGUUGCUGGAAUAGACACAUCUUUUGCCACUCUGACGUGGAAUCUGCUCCUCUUGUCCACUCAUCUCCACAUCCAAGAGAAAGUCCAAAAGGAGAUUGAAGACGUGUUUGGCCUCUCGGGGUCAAUUUCCUAUCAGGAUCGGAAGAAGCUGCCCUAUACCAAUGCUGUCAUUCAUGAAAUGCAGCGUGUAAAAUAUGUCAUGCUAUUUGGGGCACCCAGGCAAAGUGCAAAGGAUGUGAAGUUCAGGGGCUACCUUAUUCCAAAGGGAAGCAUUAUUAUCGCAGACAUGCGUUCUGUUCUCUUUGAUCCUGAACUAUGGGAGACACCUGAAGAAUUCAACCCAAAUCACUUUUUAGAUAAGGAUGGGAAAUUCCUUGAUCGGAAAGAGUUUCUGCCCUUUGGAAUGGGUGAACGUGUCUGUGUGGGACAGCAGCUGGCAAGAACUGAGAUCUUCAUCUUUCUGACCAGCCUGUUGAGGGCCUUCAGCUUCCGGUUGCCUGAAGGAGUGAAAGAACUCAAUGAAGAACCUAUUGUAAAAGUGACAAUGCACCCACGGCCUUACAAACUGUGUGCUAUUCCCAAACAGGUUUAAAUAUAUUAAAAAACACCAUAAAAAGCAUAAAAUUAAUUCACUAUAGUAUAUGUUUACUUUUGCUAUCUUGUAUUAUUAUUAUUAUUAUCCUGUAAUAAUGAGCUACUCUACACAUUGUUUUGCUUCCUUUUAUUCUGCAUCGUAACUUUUUCAAGCUAUUGCUGGGUUCACACAACGUACUGAACCAGGUCAAUGAAAGACCAGGAGGUUGUGUAUGGAAAAAAAAAUGUGCUAAGUAGGUUUGGUGUGUUUUCCCUUUGUCUCCUUUGGGUGAGAAUAAAGUCAUAUCACUUUC